AUGACAAAAAUCGCAAAUACCACUCCUAUAAGGAAACUUUGGCAGAAUAGUCAAAUGGUGUUGGCAGUGGAAGGGAUGAUUGAAGCAAAGCACAGUUCACGUGCAGAUCGAAUGCUCAAGAAGCACAAUGAUAAACAAAUCCUGCAGAACCGCUAUGACAAAAAUCGCAAAUACCACUCCUAUAAGGAAACUUUGGCAAAAGAGUCAAAUGGUGUUGGCAGUGGAAGGGGUGAUCAAUUUCAGGGGCCAACUCUAACUCUGUACAUCCCUUGUGAAGAAAAUGCUUACAUUCAGUGCAGCCAUAGGUCGAACCUUGUAGAGAUCACCACACCUGAAGGAGCAAGCCGCUUCACUCGUGAAACUCUGAUGUUGCGUCAAGACCAACGGAUGUUGAUGGCUGAAAUGAUGAAUUUCCAUCUCUACCCCUCUCCUACUCUCAGGCUGAUCAGUAUCAAGCAGGGAUUUGAAUUACAAUUGCAGGCAUGUUUUCGGUUGGAUUGCGUUGAUUGCUAUUCGGGUCUCAAUGGAGGUGUCAAUGUUCUUGGUCCAAUCAAGCGAGGCCAAUUAAAUUGGCAAAUGUGUUACAAGAUCAUAUGCGGAAUAGCUCGACAGAUUCUUUAUCUUGACGAAGAUUCUCGCCUCAGGAUCGUUGAUCGCGAUCUCAAGGCAAGCAAUGUAUUGCUUGAUAAAGAAAUGAAUCUUAAAAUUGCAGACUUUGGUCUGGCAAGACUAUUUUCUGUGAAUCAGAUUCAAGGCAAUACUCGUACAACAGUUGGAACUACCUUAUGCUUUACGCUAAUCCAGAUUGAUGGUCACAUGGAGGAGCAGGUCACGGGCGGCAGCAGUGGUAGCUGA